UCUCUUGAUUUAUCUUCUGCAUUACUCAAUUGUGGUGUCAUCUUUGCACUAACAGCUCUUUCCCUUCCUGAUUUUCUCUUUUUGCUCUCCAUCGUCUCUUCCUCUCCCCUUCCGAUAUGUGCGUUCUUCUAGGUCGGGGCUCGCGUUUCCGGUGGAAGCUCCAGUCGCGAGGAGUCUACACUUGGUGGAGGUGGCUCCUUCUCCGGACUUACGGCGAGGGCUGGGCGAGGUGGGGCGGAUCUGAGUCGGAUUUUAGGGUUUAUGGAGCGGCUCCUUUUUUCCUUUAUGGAGCGGCUCCUUUUUUCCUUUUUGGAACGCUCAUGAUCUCUGUUGUCGUGGGCAGAUAGCGAGGGUUCGUGUCAAGGCUGGUUCGGUGGUGCUCUGCUGCUCCGAAUCUGUGGCUUUGUGCUUGUGUCGGUUAUAGUGGUAGCUAUUUAGGGUCUCUUCGGGUCGGAGAGAUUCCGGUACUUGCGCACCGUAAUCAGGAGUGCUCCGGGUUCUUGUAACUUUGGAGGCGAGGGUUGAAGUUGGAUGUGACCGUGGUGGAAGUGUCUUGUGUUGUUUCUCGUGUGUUUGCCUCUGGUGUUGUCUCGAGUUGUCGUCUAUGGCUACAAGGGCUUUCCUAGUUGCCCCAAAACUCCUUCAAGCUCUCUUUCCCGGCUUCUCGUUCAGUUUAUUCCGUGUGUAGGCGACGGCCUACUUUCAAGAUAUAGUCUCGCUCUUCAUUGUGGUAUCACUCUCCGUUGGCUCUCGGGAUUGUUUGUUUCGUGGUUAAGAAAUUGUUCUUUGGUACUUAAAGAAUGUGGAUGCGGAGACGGCUCUCGGGAGUCAUUAGUCGUUUCAGAGUCAACAUCUAGUCCUAGCUCACAUCCCGGCUCCGUGGUCUUGGUCUUGUCCCAAUCUGCGGUGGUGUUGCGGACUUUCUUGCGUGGGUACUAAGGCUGCUGUUCGGGAGGUGGCGAUGGUUUCAACCCGAUUUUAUGCAGGUUCGCUGGAUGGCAGAAGCGAGUGCUUGCUCGUUUAGGGAUGUGGUUCAAACGUCAUGUGGCGUUACUUCCUUCCGGCUUUGGUGGCAUUGCAUAGCCUUGGUAAGUUUUUGAAACCUCCCCUUCGGUCAUCUUGAGCUUCAUAGAUAGAGAAAGUUACAUGUUUGUGGAGAUCAUCGGGAACUAGCUACUCCAGAGACGUCAAAGGAAAUCCCGGCAUCCGAGGCAACGAGGAGAAUCUCACUUUCGUGAAAAUCGCGUUGAUGGUUGAGAACAGCUACAGAUAUCGAAGGAUUUCGAAAAACAAACUAGUGGAAUAUGCCGGAUUUAUUGGGUGAGCGAAGCUAGUCUUGUAAUAGUUUGAUUUCGACAUUUUGUUCCAAACAAGCUUAUAACCAUAUCUGAUUUCCGAUUCAUCGGCAGAUUAUAUAUAUUUUAUUUAAAAAAAAAAAAUUUUUUAAGUGAACACUAUUCAUAAAUCUAUUUUUUCUCACAAAAUGAUGAAAACGGUUUUUUUCUCAUUUUUGAUGUUUUAGAGAUGGUUUUAGUUAUUUUUGAAACAUUAAGAAAAUCACAUUACACUAAGGGAAGAAUAUGCUUUUCGAUAAAGGAUAUUCUUAUAUCAAAUUUCUAUUCGAAAAGCCAGUUGUUGGUCGGUUGACUCAGUUAAUGUAGGGCCACCGCCCGAAUAAAAUUUUAUUUUAUAUAGUCAAAUAAAUUUUUUUUAAAUGAAACCAUUGGACAGUGUCGCAGUCAAAAAAACAAACAAUCGCAGUUAUUUUAAAUAUAGCGUUAAAAAAAAAAGUAUAUCAUUCACAUUACUUUAGUUUUGUGUGUGUUUGAGCGUUGUAUUCACAUUAAUCUCUUCGAGUUUAUAACAUAAAGUAUUCAAACAAUAUAGGAAAAUUAGUUUACAGACGGAAAAUUAAUAUUCUUUGCCUAGUAUGCAACUCAAGCACGUAAUAGGCACGAUCAUUAUUUACUGGCUACUUGCAUACAAAUGGAGAAUAUUGAGAGUUGUGGCUAAUGUCAAACUUCCAAAUAUGCUCUAAAUCAGAAUAUUGUAUUAAUCAGUGUGCAUCACAUAUAUAUACAAGUAGAUAAUCCAACCGGGUUAAACAAAAAAAAGAAGAUAAUCCAACCGGAUCCAGUGGGAUUUUAAUAGUUUUUUUAAAAACCAAUUCUUAUAAAUUCCGUUUAUAAAUCAGAUUGUACCUGCAAUUCCCAAAGCUUUGACCAAAACACCGUCCGUGUUCGACAAUACAGAGUCAGAGCAAGGCGGUAGCAACGACGGAUAUUGAAUUUCCCGCCACGGCUAAAGAUGGGCGAUUUACUCGAUUGGAUUAUCUCCUUCUUAUUCCUCGUUACCCUUCUCAUCAUCGUGAUCUACCAGCUGACAUGUUUGGCGGAUCUAGAGGCUGAUCACAUAAACCCUUACGAUUCAUCUACCAAAAUAAACCGGGUGAUUCUACCGGAAUUCUGUUUGCAAGGACUUCUAUGUGUGUAUUAUGUCUUAACCGGACAUUGGUUCAUGGCGAUUUUGUCUCUUCCCCACCUUUUCUACAACAUUAGACUAUACAUGAAAAAGGAACAUUUGGCAGACGUUACAGAGAUGCACAAUACAAAUAAAGGGGAGCAAAAGAAACGACUUUACAAGAUUGGUCAUAUCGCUCUCUGCACUUUUAUCACAUCUUAUUGGUUGAUCCACUCGGCAUUGGGAGACAUCUAAGGCUUGAGAAAUCAAGUCACUGUACUUGACCAACUUUUAUUUCUUACGUUUUAAUCACCGAUUCUUGAUGGAUUUUGUUGACCACGACAAAUCUGUAUGUAGUUCUUGAUUUUUAUGUUUUAUGUUUUUUUUGUUGUUUUAUUAUCUUUUUGGCUUUCUUUUUAGUUCAUUACACACCUCGUAAAGACGUUGAUCAAUUGCUUAAACUUUUGAAACUAACGUUGAAACA